AUGUCGUCCGAGCCGGUUUCAGAGUUGUCAGAACUCGCCGAGAUCUCAGCCAUGCUGCUACGGCUGUUAGACUCCGAAAAUGACCUGCCUGAUCCUCGUCCCUCAACACUGGCAGAUAUCCAGAGGGACCCGACGCCAGAAGAAACAAGGCCACAAGAAUCAGGAAAGCAAACGAUCCCAAAGAUUGUGUUGACGACUCCAACUGGACAGGAGAUGGCCAUUUCACCCCCAAAGAAGACGGUUCACUGGCCAACCCGUCCAGCGAGCUUGAUCCCUAACAAACGUCGCGUACGGGAUACUGCCAAUAUCAAUCGUAAUGGAAAGAAAAAGCCCACCACUUUCCGUUUCGGCCUAAUCCAGAUGAUUGAAUUUCCUCUAGAUUACGGUACUACUUGCUUCAGCUUGAUGCUUGAUACGACGUCUCUUGGAAAAACGAAUACCUCAGGCAUACACAUUCACCAAGCAGAAAGCACAAUGCCUUCUCUCUGUGGCCGCUCCGGCACAUCUAUUCCAGAUGACGUGUCUCUCUCCAUCUCUCUCAUUGAACAUUUGAACUCGGUAUGA